AUGGCGUUCAGCGCCUGGCAGAUCCUCUCGCCGGUGCAGUGGGCCCGGUGGACCUGGUCGGCGGUGCGGGGCGGGGGUGGCCCCGAGGGGGAGGACGGCGGGGCGGCGGAGGAGGAGGAGGAGGAGGAAGGCUCCUCGCCGGCCGAGGGCACGGCUCUCGGUUUCAGGAGCGGCUGCAAGGUGAAGCAAUACGAGACGCAGUCCCUGGUCCUGGACGUUUGCUCUCAGGAUGAAGGAGCGUUGAUCUCAGAAAUCCCAGAUAUUGCAAAUCGGGAUGGACACGCCACCGAUGAGGAGAAGUUGGCCUCCACCACCUCCGCACAGAAACCAGCCGGGCUGGAGAAGAAGGGCGAGCCAGAAGAUGACCUGGAGUACUUUGAGUGCUCGAACGUUCCCGUGCCGGCAGCGAAGCACGGCACGGAGGCAGGCUUUGAAAAGGAGAUCUCCAAGCAGAUGGAAAAGGAUGGGCCUGGCAUCUUCCCCGGCAAUCCCGGGCUGUGCUCCAUGGACAAACCCCCCGCCGCCGUCACCGGUGUGAGCAGGAGCGAGAGUCCCCUGGACGGCAUCUGCCUCAGUGAAUCCGAGAAGACGGCCGUGCUCACGCUCAUCAGAGAGGAGAUAAUCACAAAGGAGAUCGAAGCAAACGAGUGGAAGAAGAAAUACGAAGAGAGUCGCCAGGAAGUCUUAGAGAUGAGGAAAAUCGUGGCCGAGUAUGAGAAGACCAUUGCCCAGAUGAUAGAGGAUGAGCAGAGGACAAACAUGACAUCUCAGAAGAACCUGCAGCAGCUCACGAUGGAAAAGGACCAGGCUCUGGCAGACCUAAACUCAGUGGAGAGGUCCCUGUCGGAUCUCUUCAGGAGAUACGAAAACCUGAAGGGUGUCCUAGAAGGCUUUAAGAAGAAUGAAGAAGCUCUGAAGAAGUGUGCUCAAGAUUAUUUAACCCGGGUCAAGCAAGAAGAGCAGCGGUAUCAGGCCCUGAAAGUCCACGCAGAAGAAAAACUAGACAAAGCCAACGAGGAGAUCGCGCAGGUGCGCACCAAGGCCAAAGCGGAGAGCGCGGCGCUGCACGCCGGGCUGCGCAAGGAGCAGAUGAAGGUGGAGUCCCUGGAGAGAGCCCUCCAGCAGAAGAACCAGGAGAUUGAGGAGCUGACCAAGAUCUGCGAUGAGCUGAUAGCGAAGCUGGGAAAGACAGACUGAGUCUCACCGCCCCUCGUCCAGCACUCCGCACUUGGCCGCUUUUCUCGUAACGUCAAGCACCUUGCCUUAUCACCCAGGAACCCCCCCCCCAGCGGAGAAGCACACGCGUCCAGCUGCCUGCUCUGCUUGGCUGCCGGACCCCACGGCCCCCCACGCAGAGCCGGUCCCCACGCUGUCCCCGUCUCUGUUUCCCAAAGGCUCUGGGGCUGGGUUCCCUGCGGUCAGGCUGGGCGCGCGUGUCCCUCCUGGGGUCCGCAGCAAGCGGCUGCCG